AUGGACGGACCACCUCCUCCCCCGCCACCACAUGGGGGAGUGCCCAGGUCUUCGGGGCUGCCCCCUGGGAAAUAUGACAUCUUCGUGAUCCCAGAACACUCAGCCGGAUCUGGGUUUCUGUACCUCCCCUCACUGCAGCCAAACGCCAACAGUUUUAUUGCCGGGUUUGCUUCCGCCCUGAUACUCGUUGUCGUUGGCCAAAGCAUGGCUCCCGCCUUUAGGACUUGGUGGGAAAGCUUUCAGGGUCUCGGCAACGUGGGUAUGGCGAUGUUGAUGCUGGGCAUUGGGUUCGGGGCCUGGUCGCUGGGUAGGACGCAGACAGACAGGUCCAAGUUCUUCUAUGGGCCAAGCACAUCGAGUGGUCAGGCAGGUGGUCAAGGUGGCUUCAACGGGAACGGCGGAGGUCCAGGAGGUUUCAACGGAGGAGGUUUCGGCGGCCCCGGAGGCUCAUCUGGCUUCCGGGGACCAUAUCCCCCGGGUGCGCCUCCUCCCCAAGAUGACAGCCCCCCUCCGCCGCCACCGCCUCACGGACAUAAUCGUGGCCCUCCAAAUCCUCCUCCCCAUGGCAGCAGCCGGCAUAGUGGGAGCUACCAGAGCCAUGAUGGCGGUCGUGAUAGUGGACCACGCUACCAUCAUGCUGGCCCACAAACCCCCCCAGAGUCCCCUCCGCCUCCGCCUAGACCGCCACCUCGACGGCGUUCACCAUCCCCUCCUCGAACGUCAAGUCGACGGCGCUCACCAUCCCCUGCUCGACAGUCACGUCGACGGCGUUCGCCAUCUCCUCCUCCAGCUCCUCCUCCCAGGAAAGAGCCCAGGAAAGAGUCUAGGAAAGAGCGACACUCACAACACGAGCCAACUUCAAGGACAGAAACCCCUCCAAGAGCAGAGUCUCGCAAGGCAAAACCACCCCCCAGCGCAGAGCCAUCGCCGAGGGCAGCGCCGCCACCAAAGGCAGACCCUCCUCCGAGAGAAGAGCCACCUCCACGACCACCCACUCCUCCGAGAACAGAGCCACCACCACCUCGAAAAGAGCCACCACCUCCACCACCUGAACCUGAACCGCAGCCUCCUCCAAAAGCAGAGCCACCGCCAGAACCAGAACUAAAACCAGUGCCGAAGGCAGAAGCAACCCCCCCUCCUCGGGAGGAGCCGCCGCCACCCAAGAAGGCACCGCCGCCUCCCAAACCAGAGCCAGCACCAGCACCAGCACCCACGCCCGCGCCCGCGCCCGCGCCCGCACCCAAAGAAGAGAAGCCCAACCCACCCCCACCCAAGGCUGAACCCAAAUCUCCCCCGACGAGGGAGGAGAAGGCCAAGACGGCCUGGGAGAGGACUCGUGAGGACGUCAAGGCAUCGUGGGAGAAGGCACGUGAAGAGAUCCGCAAGAAGGAAGAGGAGCGGAAGGCCAAGGAAGCUGAGCAGAAGCGCCGUGAGGAUGCAGCCAAACGAUUGGCUGAGCUUCGCGCCAGGGAAGCAAAAGAGCGUCAGCUUCGAGAAGAAGAGAGGCAACGCCGCGAAAAGGAGGCCAAGGAGGCCAAAGAGAAACAGGCGGCAGAGUUGAGGGCCAAGGAACUGCUCGAGAAGCUAGAGAGGGAGCGAAAAGAACGUCUUCAGAAAGCUGCAAGGGAGGCAGAAGAAGCCAAGAAGAAGGAGGAAGCUAGGAAAAAGGAGGUGGAAGAGGCCAGGAAGAGAGAGGCGGAGGAGGCUAAGAGGAGACUGGAAGAAGCCAGGAAGAGGGCCGAGGAGGCCAAGAAGAAAGAGGAGGCCAAGAAGAAGGAAGAGGAGGAAGCCAAGAAGAGGGAGGCCGAGGCGGAAGAGGCCAGGUCGACUCGACGAGGCGGCAGCUACGCUUUCUCCGGGGUAGGUGAGAAGAUUAGCAUGUGGCCGAACGGACGACCUCCCGCCCCAGCAUCAACGACUUCUGCUUCCACGGCACAGAAGACCACGACAUCCGCCCAGAACACGAAACCAGCCCCCUCAACGGCCAAGUCAAAUGUGAGUGGCGACGGGCACUCUUAUAGGCCUUAUGACCAAAAGAAGCCAGCGAGGAAAAACUCCAUGUCUUCAUUCACCGGAUCCGAAUCAUCGUGGGCGCAAUCCCACACCACCACUCGAACAUCGCCACCGCCGUCGAUGAGAGGUCCGUACUCAACCAAAGACCCAGAUAAGAUUGUCAUAUCUGCCGUCUACCUAUUUAUGAACCAGUUUUCCAAAACACCAGCCAGCCAACUGGUUUCAGGAGUGGGAACCGUCACAGACGGCCUGAUCCUGCGUAUCACAACCGAAGGUCUCUUCAUCGAUGACGAUGUCCGAGGCGUCCCACAACGAGAGUGGGACGUAAAGGCCUGGACUCUCAAGUCCGUCGAGGUAUGGUGCCCCCAGCACUGUUUAAAUGCGUCAUCAUCAUCUGCUUCAUCCACUGCUUCGUUUGCUUCGUCGAAUUAUCCCCCUGAUUUGCUCAAUAAACUAGCCAACUCACGCGCGCGCAAAACGGACAGAGGCGCCACCAAGACGCUUCACGGCGAGGAGGCUGACGCUUAUCUGUCCGAGAUGCUGCGCGCGUGCAGUGAGUGCUGUCGCCUUGGGCUUUGCGAACGAAAUUUUAAAGAUACUAACAUCCCAUCUUCGACUGGACAGACCGGGGAGUGGAAGGCCAAGGGCUUGCAUGUGCUCCGCGCAACGAUGCGUGAUCAAGAGGGUAAGAGAUACCUGUUUGUGGUUGAUGAGGAGGAGAGCUGGAAGUUGUCGGUAGGCCUUCAGAGGUUGAAGAAGGGUACCAUGGCACGCUCCAUGGGCGUGAGCGGCAUGUCCGCUUCCGAGGCGAGGGGCACCCUCGAGAUGCUCGGCUGGGGCUUGUAA